AUGCGGGACUACGACGAGGUGACUGCCUUCCUGGGCGAAUGGGGACUAUUCCAGCGCCUCAUCUUCUUCCUGCUCAGCGCCAGCAUCAUCCCCAACGGUUUCAACGGUCUGUCAUCCGUGUUCCUGACGGCGACCCCCGAGCACCACUGCCGGGUGCCGGACUCUGCGAACCUGAGCAGCGCGUGGCGCAACCACAGUAUCCCGCUGAGACUGCAGGACGGCCAGGAGGUGCUCCACAGCUGCCGCCGCUACAAGCUUGCUACACUCGCCAACUUCUCGGCGCGCGGUCUGGAGCCAGGGCGCGACGUGAACCUCACGCAGCUGGAGCAGGAGGGCUGCCUGGACGGCUGGGAGUUCAGCCAGGACGUCUAUCUGUCCACCAUCGUGACCGAGUGGAACCUGGUGUGUGAGGACGACUGGAAAGCCCCGCUCACGAUCUCCUUGUUUUUUGUGGGUGUGCUGGUGGGCUCCUUCAUUUCAGGGCAGCUCUCAGACAGGUGUGGUCGGAAGAAUGUGCUAUUUGUGACCAUGGGCAUGCAGACAGGCUUCAGCUUCCUGCAAGUCUUCUCAACAAACUUUGAGAUGUUUACCGUGCUGUUUGUCAUCGUAGGCAUGGGCCAGAUCUCCAACUAUGUGGCAGCUUUUGUCCUGGGAACAGAAAUUCUUGGCAAAUCGGCUCGUAUUAUAUUCUCCACAUUAGGAGUGUGCAUAUUUUAUUCAUUUGGCUACAUGUUGCUUCCACUGUUCGCUUACUUCGUCAGAGACUGGAGGAUGCUGCUGCUGGCACUGACAGUGCCGGGGGUACUUUGUGCCUUGCUCUGGUGGUUCAUCCCUGAGUCCCCCCGAUGGCUCAUCUCUCAGGGGCGAUUUAAAGAGGCCGAGGAGAUCAUCUAUAAGGCUGCUAAAAUCAAUGGGAUUGUUGUAACCACAACCAUCUUUGACCCAACUGAGCUACAAGACCUAAGUUCCCAGAAGCAGCAGUCACACAGCAUUCUGGAUCUGCUACGAACUCGGAAUAUCCGAAUGGUCACCAUCAUGUCCAUAAUUCUGUGGAUGACCAUAUCAGUGGGCUAUUUCGGGCUUUCCCUUGAUACUCCUAACUUGCAUGGAGACGUCUACAUGAACUGCUUCCUUUCAGCGGUGGUUGAAGUCCCAGCAUACAUUAUGGCCUGGGUGCUGCUGCAGCACCUGCCCCGGCGCUAUUCCAUAGCCGCCGUCCUUUUCCUGGGUGGCAGUGUGCUUCUCUUCAUGCAACUAUUGCCCCCAGAUUUAUACUAUUUGACUACAGUCCUAGUUAUGGUGGGCAAGUUUGGAAUCACUACUGCCUUCUCCAUUGUCUAUGUGUACACUGCUGAGCUGUACCCCACAGUGGUCAGAAAUAUGGGCGUGGGAGUCAGCUCUAUGGCAUCCCGCUUGGGCAGCAUCCUGUCACCCUAUUUUGUUUACCUGGGUGCCUAUGACCGUUUCCUGCCCUACAUUCUCAUGGGAAGUCUGACCAUCCUGACAGCCAUCCUUACCUUGUUCCUCCCAGAGAGCUUCAAAACUCCCCUCCCAGACACCAUUGACCAGAUGCUAAGGGUCAAAGGGAUAAAACAUAGGCAAAGUCCAAGCCACACAAGGGUGUUAAAGGAUGAAGAAGAAAGCCCUACCAUCCUUAAAAACACAGCCUUCUAA